AACCACUUUCCAAAAUAUAAAAAUAUGCCAAACUUAUUAGUAGAACCCUCAGAUUUUCGCCGUGAAAACCAAUGGGAUCAACGAAAAAUACCAUUUUCCGAAGUGGUGAUCACAAGAACGAGGAAUCAUUUUUUUGGCCGAAAAUGGAACACGGCAGACAUCCAAGUGGCAUCAUGGUUCAUUUUUGUUCAUUUACUUACUCUUUUUGCACCAUUUGCAUUCACUUGGGAUGCUUUUUGGAUCGCAAGUGUUGGCUACUUGCUAACAGGAAUGUUAGGCAUAACUCUCACUUAUCACCGACUUUUAUCCCACCAUAGUCUCAAACUCCCUAAAUGGCUCGAAUAUUCAUUUGUUUACCUUGGAGUUCUAGCCGCCCAGGGAGAUCCAAUAUUUUGGGUGAGCAACCAUAGAUUCCAUCACAAAUACGUUGAUUCAGAUAAUGAUAUACAUUCUCCAACAAACGGGUUUUGGUUUAGUCAUAUGGGUUGGAUGUUUGAUAGUGGAUACUUGGUAGAAAAGUAUCAAGAACGUAAAAACGUCGAAGAUUUAAAAAAUCAGAUGUUCUAUGUAUUCAUACAUAAAACUUACAUGUGGCAUUUAUUUGGAUGUGGUGCUCUCUUAUAUGCAUGUGGUGGAUUUUCUUAUCUAGUUUGGGGAAUGGGUGUGAGAAUUGUAUGGCUUUACCACAUCACCUUCUGUGUGAACUCUGUUUGUCACAUAUGGGGAAACCGAGCUUGGAAUACAAGUGAUCUCUCCAAAAACAAUUGGUGGGUAGGAGUGCUUGCGUUCGGAGAAGGAUGGCAUAACAAUCAUCAUGCAUUUGAGUAUUCAGCUCGACAUGGAUUUGAGUGGUGGCAAAUUGACGUUACUUGGUACAUCAUAAGGUCUCUUGAAUCCAUUGGGUUGGCAACCAACAUCAAAGUUCCAACUAAUCUCCAAAAGUUUAAGAAAUCAAUUGUCACUUCGGAUGAUACAUUUAAUGAUUAAUCACUUUGUGUGCAACCAGAGGCAGAUUCACAUAGGUGCACGGAGUAGCCUGUGUGACUCCUCAAUAUAAACAUUAAAAUUUUCAUAAUUUUUUUAAUAUUGUCAUGG